AUGGAUGACCAGAAGCAGUUGUUUUUGUUUGCAUUCCCAGUUCCAAGUAAUGAGGAUCAUUUAAUCGAUCGUAUAAAGGAGGCAUCAAGUGCUCGGAAUCAGCAUGGCGCUGUAUCAACAGCAGCAUUAGCUAACAUUGAUGCUGAUAGUAUUGCACAGCUUGUUGUUGGCCCGAAUCAUGUAGCAUUUCUAUUCAGGUGUGGUCGCGUUGCUCGAUUAAAAUACACUUUAACAACUGCUACUAAAGAGGAAAACACUAGCGAUGACAAAAACUCAACUGGAACAGGCGGAGGUGUCGGUUCGGCAAGUGGUGGUAGUGGUAGCGGACCUACAACAGGUAGCAGUGGUUCAUCUACCAGUACUGUAUUAAGUCGUGGUGCAAAAAUUAGACGGGUAAUGAUGGCAGCGAGACGGACAGCAGGUGCAUUGGGCGAACGUGCGGGUGUGAUUGUUGAUCGAAGUCGACCGCUUGUCCCUCUUAGUGCCAUUCCCGAAGAUCUCAUUGCUCAAGCCCAGGUUGUUUUACAAGGGAAAUCACGUGAGGUUAUUGUACGCGAGCUUCAGCGAACGAAUCUCAAUGUAAAUGAAGCUGUAAAUAAUCUGCUCAGCCGUGAUGAUGAGGAUGGGGAUGAAAUGGAUGAAGGUUCUGAAGCGUAUCUCCCCGAGGAGCUUUUGUCGUUGUUGGAUGCUGGAUUGCGAAGUGAUUCGCAUGGGAGUGCCGUAAUUGAUGGUGACAAUUUAUAUGCAAGUGGCGAAAGUUUUGAUUAUGUUGUAGCAAGGGAUAUUGCUCGAAGACGAGUAGAUAGGGAUAAAAAAAGUGACAAAGCAAAAGAAUUUUCUUCCGAAACUUAUACGCGUUUAAAAUAUGACGAAAAAUUGCAGUAUUGGGGUAAAGAAACGGAUAUGUUUCCGACGGGUGUAACGAAGUUUGUGAAAAUAGCUGCUAUGAAUAGUGAAUUAAUCGCUUUAGGCGAUAAUGGAUUUUUCUAUAGUUGGUCAUGGAAGAAUGACGGGCACGGUUCAAUGACCGCGCACCCCUUUGGUACCAAGCUUUUGACUAAUGCACCGGAUGAAGAAAAAUUUGUAGAUUUAGUAUCAUGUGCAUAUCGUGCAUGUGUUGUAACAAAUAUGAAUAGGGUAGCAUCAUUUAUGGAUGGCGAAGCAUGUGGUAUGAAGGUAGCUAACGUGUUAUUAACACCACUAAUGGAAAUACCGGAUGGCGAAAAAUAUGCAUCACUAUACGUAUGUCCGAUGUAUUGUCUAGUGAAGACACAAUCGAAUAGUUGUUAUUGGUGGGGUAUUUAUCCAUUUAAUGAAAGACGGAAAUUAUGGGAGCGGAUGCGUUCAAAAGCGCGUCGCAGUUCAAAUCUUGCAUCACCCGAAGUGGUUGAGGGUUGCGAAGUUCGGACGAAGUCACAUCCUAUAUACACGACAGGCUCAAUUGCUUUGAACUUCAGCUCUGGAACACCAAUGGUUGGCGCUUUAAUGGAAUCAGCUUGGACGCUGUCUGAAUUAUGUAGGUUUCGAGUAAUGACACCAGCACAGCACGAUGAGAAUAGCGAUGAUGACGGUUCGUGCCUCAAUUCUUCUGCGCAUCAGUCGACUGAUAAAAAAGGCUCCUUAAAUCAAUACGGUAAAAGGCCACGUGAGGAGCAGAAAGGAAAUACUUAUCGGGAAACUGCAUGGGCACUUAAUGAAGUCAUAUUCAUCCACAAAGAAACCUCACAGGAUACAGCCAUCGUGAAAAUUGUUGAUGGAGCAUAUUGCGGAAUUGUAUAUAGACCGGUUGUCUCUAAUGAUUGUGGUGACGCAGUCAGUCAAAAUCAAGAUGCAUGUGAUUUAGGAAAAAUUCGACUAAUGCGCAAAGAUGAUCUUGUUGUUGUAACACCAAACAGCAAAAUACCUUGCUGUCCUGAGAAUUUUCAAAAGCAUAUGCAGAAAAUACAACUGCCGGGCGGUAUAUCAAUGAAAAAAGUGCACUCUUUGACUAUAGACAAUACCGGUUUACGAUUAUUGAUCGAAAGACGUGGACGACUUCAUUUAAUUCGUAUCAGUGUAUUUGGUAAAAUACAAAGUGAUCACGUCUUGCCAGUGAAUGUUUCAGCAGUAUGCAGCGCUGGAUUGCAUUUGCCACGACUUGAGAAUUACGGAGAUGAAAUGAUCAUGAUGAUAAGCGACAGUAACGGUUCAAUAAUACCGAUGGUGCGUGAUGCAACGGGAGGGUUUCGUGAGCCAGUGUAUUGCGCUUUACCCAAAAUACAUAAUUUUGCAGUUGGUUUACGGCCAUUGGAUUCUGGUGAUACUGAAAAUACUUCAACAACUACCAAUGAUGACUCAUCAUCAACAUCACGGAAUGCAAAUCGUACUGGAAUUAUGGUAACUUUAAUUGCCCCAUCACCUUCAAGCAUUCGUCCUCGAAUACCAUCUCUAAUGCAGACUGUUUUGUACUGCGAUUUACAGGGUGUGGAUUUGGUGCUUGAUGCACUUUCAAAAGAAGCAGAUCGUGAGGUUGUAAAAACCGAGAUUUUGAGCUCUCGUGCAGAUGGGAAUCGAACCAUUCUUCAUGCGGCAGUCAUGAACAGUUUUGCAACGACUAACAAGGAAGAAGCAGACACAAUGGAAAUUUCAGUUGAUACAGAAAAUAAACCUUUGCAACGUUUAACAGCUAUCGAUAUGUCAGCUGCGGAAGAAACUCGUACCGCAUUUGAUAGCCGCUGGCAACGUAUGUUAAGACGCCAUGGAGCUAAUGCAGAAGAAGAAAUGUUAAUACGAGAAUUAAUGGCAAAUAAUCCAUUGCGGAGACCAGGUCACGAUGUUGGCAACAUGGAAGAUGUGUUGGCAGAUUUUGCGAGGAGCUUGAAAGAUGCGAAAAAAUCAUCUGUUUUCAUAGAAGAUAUGAAAGAAGAAGUAUCCAUGCCAAUUAUUGUUAAUGCGAAUAAUGAACCGAAAAGUCGACAGUGCAACUCAAUAGAAAUUGUGAAAACUCUUUGCUAUAACUCUACUGUGGCACCAUUUCUUCUCGAAUUGCUAACGACGAAAGAUAUUAAUGGACAUACACCUUUCAUGUGCGCUGUUAACUACAGAGCAUAUACGGCUGCCUUUAUCCUGUGGCUUGCUGCUGAAGAGUUACAGAAAGAAGCACAAAUCGCUGGUUCUCAAGGCAAGAGACAGUCAGCUGAUGCAAUUUUAAAUUCUAUUAUAUAUCCAAUAGGAAGUAGACCGGAUGAUUCACCUUUAUUCAUGCUUUGUAUGAAUGAUACGUGUAGCUUUACAUGGACCGGUGAUGAACAUAUCAAUCAGGACAUAUUUGAAUGUCGAACAUGUGGAUUAGUUGGUACAUUGUGUUGCUGUACGGAAUGUGCUUAUACUUGUCAUCGCAAUCAUGAAUGCAGACUGAAAAGGACGUCUCCAACAGCUUAUUGUGAUUGCUGGGAGAAGUGUUCCUGUCGAGCCCUUGUUGCAGGCAAUACACCACGUCGAGAAAAACUGAUAUCCGUCUUGCUCAACAGUACAGAUCUCAUUCAUCGUACGAAUUCUAGAGGAGAACAUUUAUUAUUGUUUUUGGCACGAACAGUAGGAAGACAAAUUAUUGAACAGGAACAUUACCAGCGCCGAAUGAUGAAAAAAUCUCAGGGAGCUACUGAUACCACUCCGGAGCAUGAUCUGGAACCACCGAAAUUUGCACGCACUGCUUUCGCAAAAAUGUUGGCUGACUGGCGUGCAGUUAAAAGCCUGAUAAUGUUGGGUGUUAAGGGUGUGCAAAAUGAUGCGCUAGUGGUAGAAGAAGUGUUUCAUUUAAAUCAACAACAUGGAUGCUCACAUCUUGACAAAUUUGCUUUUAUUUUAUUAGCGAAAUGCUCAGAAACUCAUAUUGAUACUUUACUGAAUACAUUGAUAUCAGAAGCAAAUAAGAACAACGAAGAUAUGAAAAGAGACCCCGACAUCGAUUCUGUUAUUUCACGCUUUGUGCGCGCAGUUAUCAGGUUUGUGACAGCUGGUUGUUUUAUGAUUUAUAUUGCUAUUCCAGUAAAAUAA